AUGGGAAUCGAAUUUCUACAAAUGAAAAAGAAGCGAAACGGAGCGAGCAUCAGUUCCAGCAGUUCCGAUGAAGAGGUUUCCCUAUGCCUCACACCGGAACCUCUUCACAAAAUGGCUCCAGCCAGGUUGCAUGGUGAACUGUCGUACCUGAAACUGACACCCAAUGCUCUCCAAUACAAUGGGUUUCCAUUUUUGGGUCCAAAUAGUGCCGUUAUCCCACAAACGAAGAAUAACAUGAGGGAUUUCGUAGCUUCUGAUGAUCUCCUUCGCAAAUGCUCCCGUUGUUCUAAAGAUUUUUACUUGAACCAAGACGGAACAAUGGCUCCACAAAAAUGUGUUUAUCACCAUCGAAAGAAGUUCGACCAUGUGAAACGCAGCUUUGUUCGGACAUGCUGCUCAGCUCAUCCGAGCACGUCUUCUGGAGGUUGUAUGGUAGAAGAUUAUCACGUUUUCAACAGUGCUUGGGAGGAUACCCUUUGGAGUUUUAUGCCAACUCCUCCAGCUAAAAAUGCAAACGACUACAGGUCGAAGAAGGUGUACGGUUUGGACUGUGAGCUAGUACAUACAAUGAAUGGACUUGAAGUAGCAAGAGUGAGCCUUGUGGACAUGAAAGGACGAGUUAUUCUGGAUACUUUUGUUCUUCCACAAUAUGAAAUCGUCAGCUUAAAUACCACAUUCUCUGGAAUCACGGAGAAGGAUCUAUCAGAAGCAAUCACCUUCGAAGCAUGCCGUCUUCAAUUAUUCCAGUUUAUCAAUUCGGAGACUCUUCUAGUUGGCCAUUCGCUGGAAUCGGAUCUCAAGGCUCUCCGUUUGAUCCACCACAAUGUGAUCGACACAUCUGUCUUAUUCAUGUCUGUGGACCAGAGAGGGGAAUUCAAGAAGCUAUCACUUCAAAAUCUGGCUGUGAUCUAUCUGCAGAAAGAGAUCCAAACCCAGAAAACGGGUCAUUCGUCGGUUGAGGAUAGCAUGACUUGCCUGGAAUUAAUUGCGUUGAGGCAUUCAACAGCUGUUAAAUGA